AUGGGAUCAAAAGAAGAAGCAGGGAAGCUAGAGUGGAGGAUAAGUGUAGACAAUGGGACAACAGAGAGAUUAGUUCCAACCUCGGGAGUAAGUAAAAGGAUCUUUGUUUGGUUAAAGGGUUUGGUAAUGAAGGCUUGGAGGAUUGGGGCAGAUGAUCCGGCCAAAGUGGUUCACUGUCUGAAAGUAGGACUUGCACUUUCGUUAGUCUCAAUCUUUUAUUACAUGAGACCUUUGUAUGAUGGUGUUGGAGGGAAUGCUAUGUGGGCAAUCAUGACUGUUGUCGUCGUCUUCGAGUCCAAUGUCGGAGCAACAUUCUCCAAAUGUGUGAACAGAGUGGUGGCAACUAUAUUAGCUGGAUCACUAGGCAUUGCUGUUCAUUGGGUUGCAACUCAAUCAGGAAAAGCUGAGAUUUUUGUGAUUGGAUGCUCUGUUUUUCUAUUUGCUUUCGCAGCUACGUACUCGCGGUUUGUCCCGUCAUUUAAAGCCAGAUUCGACUACGGAGCAAUGAUCUUUAUCCUCACAUUUAGCCUUGUCUCAGUAGGCGGAUACAGAGUAGAUAAGCUAGUUGAGUUGGCUCAGCAGAGAGUAUCAACUAUUGCAAUUGGAACAUCUAUCUGCAUUAUCAUUACCGUCUUCUUCUGUCCAAUCUGGGCAGGAUCUCAGCUUCACCGUCUUGUUCAACGUAACCUUGAAAAGCUUGCCGAUUCAUUAGACGGCUGUGUAGCAGAGUACUUCAAGAAGAAAGACGUCUCGACGAAUGAGAAUGAAGAUGAAGAAAGUAACAUGAAACUGCAAGGAUUUAAAUGUGUACUAAACUCUAAGGGAACAGAGGAAUCCAUGGCGAAUCUAGCGAGAUGGGAACCAGCACAUGGAAGCUUUAACUUCCGGCAUCCAUGGAAGCUAUACGUAAAGAUAGGGGCUGCAAUGCGCAGAUGUGCUUAUUGCCUUGAGAAUCUCAGUAUUUGCAUUAACUAUGAAACAGAGGCACCAGACCAGGUCAAGAGGCAUUUCGGAGAAGCUUGUAUGAAACUGAGCUCAGCUUCUUCAAAAAUCUUAAGAGAACUAGCGGAUAUGAUGAAGAACACGAGAAAAUCUUCGAAGAUGGAUUUCCUAGUGUUUGAUAUGAACUCAGCGGUACAAGAGCUUCAAGAAACCUUAAAAACUGUUCCCAUUGAAACUAACAAACCUGAAGAAGAAGUUCCAUCUGAAGAGAACAAAAAAGGAGACAGUGAAGACAGAACCAUGCCGAUGAGCCUACAUGAAGUCCUUCCGGUUGCCACUUUGGUUUCAUUGUUAAUCGAAAACGCAGCUAGAAUUCAAACAACCGUCGAAGCUGUCGAUGAACUGGCAAAUCUUGCAGAUUUCGAACAAGAUUCAAAAAAGAAACCAGGAGACAAGAACAACACUAAACAACCACCACCACUUAGUUCCUAA